AUGAAUGGGUCGAGAGGUGUUGGGUGCCUGCGAGGGAUGUCCAUCCAUUUCAGCCAGUGAUUGAUUUUUCUAGGUUGGUUCUGCGUCGCGGCAGCGGCAGAGGCGUGAUAUCGCGGCCGAUUUGCUCGCCGAGGAUACCGGAUUCCUUCACUUAGCUAUUCGAGCACUCCGUACUAUAGGUGAUAUCCCGUCAUCGAUUCAUGGCAAUUCCGCAACGAGAAGACCGGUGUCGAAUGUCUUUCGUGGAUAUACCAAGAUGGCUCUGCAUUUCCUUCGAUUGUUCUGCUCGAUCAGAAACAACACCUCCGACUCGGUUUAUAAAAAGCCAACUCCAAAUCUACCAUGUCCAAAACACCACAAAGCAUCACCUCCACGUCGGAAAAAUAAAUCGUCGCAACCCUCCCCCACUACUACGUAGUACGAUCCAAUUCUCGACGAUCGCUGCGAUUUCCGGUCUGGACCUGAGACUGGGGCGCCGAUCUCCCAGCCACCAGCGCUUUAUCCUACCGAUAGGGGCUGCAUUCAGCGGUCCAUCAAUGACGUCGCCGAUGCAGUUGCAGGGAGGCAUCUCAAGAUUGGCGACGCGACGACGGCGGUGUCGAUCUGGUGGUGAGGCCCCAGAAUUCGAUGAAGGACUCCAUCGAUUUCAGAAUUCAGCUGUUUGGGCUGGUGUGGUUAGAAUCCAUUAAGGAUAGGGGACAGAGAGCGUAUGGCGUAUCGGAUGACGGACUCAGGCCUUGUCUGGUUUCUAAAUACUACGGUAUACAGUCAACCUUGGCAAUUAGCACGGAGCCGAUGCGGGCUAUUUGUAGGCACGUAG